GACUCCCGGGCUGCGAGCCUCAGUUCAGAACUCGGGGCCAGUGCCUGCAGAGAGACCGGAUCUCUCGGUUCCCCCGGGGGGGCCGCAGCCUGGGCGUGUGGGGGCGCAGGCCCGGGGGAUGCUGGGCUCGGUGAAGAUGGAGGCUCAUGACCUGGCCGAGUGGAGCUACUACCCGGAGGCGGGCGAGGUGUACUCUCCAGUGACUCCCGUGCCCACCAUGGCCCCUCUUAACUCCUACAUGACCUUGAACCCUCUCAGCUCUCCCUACCCUCCAGGAGGGCUUCAGGCCUCCCCACUGCCUACAGGACCCCUGGCACCCCCAGCCGCCACAGCACCCCUGGGGCCCACCUUCCCAGGCCUGGGUACUGGUGGUAACAGUGGAAACAGUACUUCCGGCUACGGAGCCCCAGGGUCCGGGCUGGUACCUGGCAAGGAGAUGGCAAAGGGGUACCGGCGUCCACUGGCCCAUGCCAAGCCACCAUAUUCCUACAUCUCUCUCAUCACUAUGGCCAUCCAACAGGCGCCAGGCAAAAUGCUGACCCUGAGUGAGAUCUACCAAUGGAUCAUGGACCUCUUCCCAUACUACCGGGAGAACCAGCAACGCUGGCAGAACUCCAUCCGGCACUCGCUGUCCUUCAAUGACUGCUUUGUCAAGGUGGCACGCUCCCCAGACAAGCCGGGCAAAGGCUCCUACUGGGCCUUACAUCCCAGCUCCGGAAACAUGUUUGAGAAUGGCUGCUACCUUAGGCGUCAGAAACGCUUCAAGCUGGAGGAGAAGGCGAAAAAAGGAACCACCAGGAAUGGUACGGUGGGGUCAGCCACCUCUGCCACAACCACAGCGGCCACAGUAGUCACCUCUCAGGCUCAGCCCCAGCCUACGCCUUCUGAGCCCGAGGCUCAGAAUGGGGAAGAUGUGGGGGGUCUGGACUGCGCCUCUCCCCCUUCUUCCACACCCUAUUUCACUGGCUUGGAGCUCCCAGGGGAACUGAAGUUGGAUGCACCCUACAACUUCAACCAUCCCUUCUCUAUCAACAACCUGAUGUCAGAACAGACACCAGCACCUUCCAAACUGGAUGUGGGGUUUGGAGGCUACGGGGCUGAGAGCGGGGAACCAGGGGUCUACUACCAGAGCCUCUAUUCCCGCUCUCUGCUCAACGCAUCCUAGCAGGGCAGCUGGGAACACGGUGAUGGGGGUUAACUGUGACGGACACCAGGUUCUUGGGUUCUGGUCCUUCUGGUCACACUUUACUUGUCCCAUUGAUUAGCAUGUUAUUUGGUGUAUUACUGUGAUGACCCAUUGGCUACUGUGGUAACUGCCGUGGACUCCCUGGUGGGCCUUGGGUGGUUGUGUGGUGACAGAGCUCCGCUGGGUGCACUGUGAAAGCUGCCAUACUGAGUGAAGCCGUUGGCUGACCCAGUGGGUCUCCAUGUUGGAUGACAUAUUGUGUGGCCCUUCGGAAGCUGUGAUGGACAUCUGGAUUGACCGUCUGAAUGUGUGGCUGUCACGCCACAUCUUUUUCGGCCCACUGUUUCCUGGGAUCAUUUCUUUGGUUUUGGCAGACUUCUUGAUAUAACAGAUGCCAAGUUGGCCACCACAUCACACGAUGUCUUUUUGACACACUGGAUGCACGAAGGGCCACCAUAUUGGCAAGGUGACAUCACAGCUGUUACCCACCAUGAUGGCAACCACAGGCCUGUCAUUACCAUCUUCUUGGUGUGGGUUGGGUGAGGGGGUAGAGUCGAGGAGACACUGUGAUUUUUCUCUGAAGCCCAUCCCCACCCUGGCUAUGAGAAAGGGCUGGUGUGGGGGACUCUUCCUGAGGUCAAGUUCUUGCCUGGGACUUGGGAUACUAGCUGGGUUUGGCCAUUAAAAAAACAC